CAUAUUGGUUGCAUUCCGAAGUCUACCGUACGUGUUAGCUAUAUACAUAGCUAGCUCCUUAGCCUCCUGCGGUACUCGUAGCGACGUUGGCAUGGCGAUCAGUGUAGCUAUGCUUUGGUUACUCGGUAGCGUGGUGUUAACAACGUUGGCGUCCGCAGCCACCCCGGCGGAGAGCUCCAAGAAUCACCACCACGAUUUCAUUAUAAAAAAGACUAGCUACACAAGGCUGUGUCACGAGAAAACCGUGCUCACCGUGAACGGCCAGUUCCCCGGUCCGACCAUCUACACGCGCAAGGGCGACAUCGUCAUCGUCAAUGUCAUCAACCAAGGCAACAAAAACAUCACCAUCCACUGGCAUGGUGUGGACCAGCCAAGGAACCCGUGGUCCGACGGGCCGGAGUACAUAACGCAGUGUCCCAUCCAGCCCGGCGCCAACCUCACCUACACGGUCAUCUUGUCCGAAGAAGAGGGCACGCUCUGGUGGCACGCGCACAGCGACUUUGACCGCACCACCGUCCAUGGCGCCAUCGUCAUCCACCCCAAGGGUACCACCUUCCCCUUCAAGAAGCCCCACAAGGAGAUACCCGUCAUCCUCGGUGAGUGGUGGAACGCCGAUGUGAACCGUCUGCUCCAGGAGGCCAAACGGACUGGUGGAGAGGUCAAUAUUUCUGAUGCGAACGCCAUCAACGGCCAGCCGGGAGACCUGUUCCCGUGCUCCAAGAACGGCACCUUCAAGCUAGACGUGGAAAGUGGCAAGACGUACUUGCUCCGGAUCAUCAACGCGGCACUGGCCAAUGAGCUCUUCUUCGGCGUCGCAGGGCACCGUCUCACCGUGGUUGGCACAGACGCGCGCUACACCAAGCCGUUCACCGUCGACUAUAUCAUGAUCUCGCCGGGCCAGACCGUGGACGCGCUCCUGGAGGCUGACCGCGCCACGAACGGUUCGUCUAAUUGCCGGUACUACAUGGCGGCACAGACGUUCGCAUCGAACACCGGCAUCGACUUCAAUAACAGCACCGCCACGGCCAUCGUGGAGUACACGGCUGCGCCGCGUGCAGCUCGCGCGGGCACGCCGGACUUCCCCAACCUUCCAGCCGUCAACGACACCGACGCAGCGACGGCCUACACGGAUCAACUCCGGUCCCUGGCCAGCAAGGACCACCCCGCAGACGUGCCGGCCCAUGUCGACGAGCACAUGCUCAUCACCAUCGCCGUCAACGUGCUCCCAUGCACGGGCAAUAUGACGUGCGAUGGUCCACUCAGCAGCCGCUUCGCCGCUAGCCUCAACAACGUAAGCUUCCAGACCCCCUCCGUCGACGUCCUCGAUGCCUACUACGGCUCCGUCCGCGGCGUGUACGAGGCAAACUUCCCCGACAAGCCGCCCUUCUUCUUCAACUUCACCGACGACAACGUCCCCACGGACCGUUGGUUCACGAAGCGCGGCACCAAGGUGAAGGUGCUGGGGUACGGAGCCGUGGUGGAGGUGGUUUUCCAGGACACGGCCAUCCUGGGCGCCGAAACCCACCCGAUGCACCUGCACGGGUUCGCCUUCUACGUGGUGGGAAGAGGGUUCGGGAACUUCGACAAGCAGAAGGAUCCGGCCACGUACAACUUGAUCGACCCACCGUACCAGAACACCGUCUCCGUGCCAAAGGCUGGUUGGGCCGCGGUUCGCUUCCGUGCUACAAAUCCCGGUGUGUGGUUUAUGCACUGUCACUUCGAUCGUCAUCAGGUCUGGGGGAUGGACACUGUGUUCAUUGUAAAGGAUGGCAAGACCCCCGAAGCUAAAAUGAUGCGCCGUCCUGCGGGCAUGCCUAGGUGCUAACUUGCGUGAUUAUACAUGUUGAAAUAUAUUGCUCAUCUUUCUUUAUCAGUUCGGACUUUUGGAGCAAUUGGCUGAUGCAUGAAUUCAAUAUGAUAUCUGAGCCAAGAGGUCUUAAGCUCAAGACCUUGCCAACGCAGUAUUAAAUAAAAACGACUCUGCGGCCUACAUCGAUCCCACAUGAGCAUGAAUUCAAUAAUACGGAGUGUGAUAGCAUCAGUGUUACAUGACAAUCAAGAAUAUAAUUAUUGUUUAGUUAAUUGAUGAAGUUAUUUUGCGUUUUUUAAAGAAUAUAUAUCUGAAAGACUAAACAGGUCUGUUUAAUUUUUAUUCGGCUGAAUAGGAGAAGAUCUUUUUGUCGUUCUACUACUAUGAUGUAAAUUCUGAUCUGUAUUCAGUUCUUAAAAUUAAACAAGUA